GGAUUCGUUUUCGUUGUCGCCUUUGGCUGGCAAGGUUCUUCCAAGUUGUGUUCUGAAGGACUCGAAGGGCCCGUCUCGAACCUCGAGCCCCUUAUUGCCAUCGGUGUUGAGGCUUAUUUACAAUUUUGUCUUCUUGUAUUUAUAGCACAUAUCCCUCUAAACCCCACCAUCGAUUCUGUCCUGCAAACGCCUCUGCUGCUCAGCAAAUAUAGCGUAAGUGCUGCUGCUGCUCCAUUGGAGCGCCAAGAAUCUCUCUUUUCUCUCCGAAGAAGGAUUGAAAUUCUACGAGAAGGGAGAGAAGGGGAGAAGAGUCUUGGCGUUGAAUUUGAGGAGCUUUUAAUGAUUUGUUUGGUGAAGAAUUUUCAAGACUGGUUUUUGGAGUUUUUCUAAAGGCAAAUUCCAUAAUAUUGAAUGGGUAUUUUCUCCAUUAAACCUCAGCAAUCCUCAAUGAAGGAAUCCCCCAGGAAAGUGGAAGAAUCCCCAAUGGAGAAUUCCCCAGGGAAAGUGCAAGUAUCUCUGAUGGAUGAUGAUUUUUCACCUGUGAAAUUGCAACAAUCUUUAACAGAUCCUGAUUCAUAUGUGGUUAAGGAUGUUACACCUGCUCGCCUGACGGGUAUUCAUUUCAGCAUUUUAUCUGAUGAAGAGGCUGAAAGGGUAUCAGUAGCUGUUGUCGGAUCAGUUAAUGAAGUGUCAGGCCCUGCAUUGGGAUUUCCUUCUUUAACUGCUGCACAAUGCUUGACAUGUGGUGGCUACAAUUCGAGGGACUGUGAAGGGCAUUUUGGUUUGAUUAACUUACCAUAUACAAUCCUCCAUCCUUAUUACAUGUCUGAAGUUUCUCAGAUUCUUAAUAAAAUCUGCCCUGGAUGUAAAUCUGCCCGUCAUAUUGAGAAAGGUACUGCUGCAUCCGAUGAACCGCCAAGAAAAUGCAGAUAUUGUAGUGGAGGUUCCAAACUAGGCUAUCCAAAGAUGAAAUUCAAAGUAUCUACAAAUGAUGUGUUUGCAAAGACUGCAAUUAUUGUCGAAGCCAAUGUAGCUGCUGCAGAUAAUAGCUCUGAGGAAAGCCUGGCUUCAGAUUAUUGGGAGAUAAUCCCUAAAGAUCCUGCAUCAGAACGUGAUGAUCUGCCACCUACCCUGCGUGUUCUGUCACCUGCUCAGGUCUAUUGUAUGUUGAAGGAUGUUGACUCCGAGACUCUAGACUCACUUCUUAAUCGAAAAAACAAAAUAUUUCUUAACUCUGUACUUGUCACCCCAAAUUGCCUUCGAGUGAGAGAAUUUGGGCAGCGCCUAGCUAUUGAUGAAACUACAAGGAUGUACAGAAAGCUUAUUGAUUUUAGAGGCACGGCAAAUCAAUUGAGUGCUUGUGUCAUUGAGAGAUACAGAGUUUCCAAGAUUCGCCCAGAGAAGGUCUCUAGCAUGCAAAAAGAAUACGAGAAGCAGUCAACCAAUGAGUCUGCUUCAAGUGGAUCAGGGCUGAGAAAUAUAAAGGACUUACUACUUGGAAAGCGGACAGACAACACUUUCCGCAUGGUGGUGGUUGGUGACCCUAGAAUCAAAGUGGAUGAAAUUGGUGUGCCCUUACGAGUUGCGGAGGAAAUUCUGAUUUUGGAUCACAUAAAUGAUUGGAAUUGGGAAAAGCUAGAGCCUUCCUGUGAUUCACUGCUUAAUCGGAAGGGAUGUUUCGCUGUUCGUAGGAAUGGUGAAAGGGUUGUUAUAUGGUCUAAGGACAUGCUGAGGACAGGUGACGAAAUUCUGAGGCCUCUUACGGAUGGAGAUGCCGUGCUGAUUAAUAGGCCACCAUCUAUUCAUCAGCAUUCUCUGAUUGCUCUGCGUGUCAAAGUUCUUCCGGUGAAAUAUGUUGUCUCAAUUAACCCUCUCACAUGCUUUCCAUUCCGAGGGGACUUUGACGGAGACUGCCUUCAUGGUUAUGUUCCACAGUCCAUAAAAGCUCAAGUCGAGUUGAGCGAGCUUGUGGCUUUAGACAAACAGUUAAUAAAUGGACAGAAUGGUCGAAACCUUAUGGUACUAACUCAGGAUACUUUGACUGCCGCCUACCUUUUUGUUGAGGAUGGUGUUUUCCUGAGUAAGGCUGAGAUGCAACAGUUGCAAAUGUACACAUCUUACAAGCCGAUGUUGCCUGCUAUUGUCCAGCCGAGUUCAGAGACUCCGAUUUGGACUGGAAAGCAAUUGUUUAGCCUGCUUUUGCCCCAGGAUUUUGAAUAUAAUUGUCCGUCCAGUGGCGUACGCAUUAGUGGAGGAGAGCUUGCUUUGUCAUCUCGUUCUUUUUCAUGGCUUCAUGACAGUUCUGAAAACCUCUUUCAAUGUCUUAUUAGACAUUGUGGCGAGAAAGCACUUGACUUCCUCAAUGCUGGACAAGAUCUUCUUUGCGAGUGGUUGAUGGGAAUGGGGCUGAGUGUUUCAUUGUCAGAUCUUUAUCUCUCUCCCGAUCAAGACUCUCGGAAAAAUCUUCUAGAAGAUGUUUCUUAUGCCUUACAAAAGGCUGAAGAGUUUUCUGAUGCAAGUUUAUUAAUGGUGGAUGGUAACCAAGAUUUUCUCACAGGACAGUUUGAAGACAAUGAAGAGAUGGAAGAGGUUUGGAAGGAGACGAUGUCAAUUGCGCGACAGACUAAGGCUGAACUCUUUCAAGCUUCGGUUUCUGCUUCCAAGUUGAUUCUAAGGGACAUGCAAAGCCUUGUUUACAGAUGCUCUAGCAAAAAAAACUCUCUUAUCGCCAUGCUGAAUGCUGGGAGCAAAGGGAAUUUGCAGAAAUUAGUUCAGCAUAGUAUGUGCUUGGGAUUGCAGCAUUCGUUAUCUCCGUUAUCCUUUUCUGUUCCCCGAAAUCUUUCCUGUUCUUCAUGGAAUCAUCAAAAGAGUGAUUCUGGUGUCCCAAGAUUGGCUGGUUCCCACAGAAUCCCCAACUCAUACAUUCCAUGCAAUAUAAUUGCUAACUCCUUCUUGUCGGGCUUAAAUCCUCUCGAGUGUUUUGUACUGUCGUUGACUAGCCGUGACGGUUCUUUUAGUGGCAAUGCGGAUGUUGCUGGGAUGAUAACUCGGAAGCUGAUGUUUUUCAUGAGAGAUGUAAUUGUCGGGUAUGAUGGAAUUGUCAAAAGUAAUUAUGGGAAUCAAGUUGUUCAGUUCAAUUAUAGCACUGAGGAUAUGGCCACACCCUACCAUGAUUCUCGAAUUGCUGGACAUCCAGUCGGCGCUAUAGCUGCUUGCGCCAUCUCAGAAGCUGCAUACAGUGCGUUAGAUCAGCCUGUCAGCGUGCUCGAAUCAUCGCCUUUAUUAUCUCUCAAGGGUGUUUUGGAAUGUGGAUCCAAGAAAGGUUCUGCAAACAAAAGUGCAUCAUUAUUUUUGUCCAAAAGUCUUGGAAGAUGGAUAUGUGGUUUCGAGUACGGAGCUUUAGAAGUCAAGAAUCAUCUCGAAUGUCUGGUUUUCUCCGACAUAGUUUCGGAAAUAAGGAUAUGUUAUUCGGCAUCGAAAAACAAUUGCAACUGCCCAUGGGUUUGUCACUUUCAUAUAAACAAGGAAGUUGCCAGGAAGAGACAGUUGACGGUGACGUCUAUUAUCAACUCUCUUUAUAACAACAGUAAAUUUCCGGAUGAAAGAUUGAUAGCGGCGAAUCUUCCCCUGCGGAUUACAAGAAAGAAAUGUUCUGAAGCUGACAUUCGCAAGAAAUCCGAUACCACAAUUUGCAUCACAGCUGAACUAACUGAGAGCUCGAUAUCUGAAGAAUUCUCCGACUUGGAUUGUCUUCAAGAUAUGAUGAUACCAAUUCUUCUUCAAACUACCAUAAAAGGGUUUCCGGAGUUCAAGAAGGUUGAUAUCUUAUGGAAAGAUGACCCAAAUAAGCCAAAGAUUCGUCACCAAACCUCAGGGGAACUUUAUCUGAGAGUCGUCAAGUCAGCAAAGUGUGAUGGAGAUAAAUUUUGGAGCAGCCUUGUUGAUAGUUGUCUCAGAAUAAGAAAUUUAAUCGACUGGGAGCGUAGUCGUCCCGAUAACAUUCGCAGCUGUAGUGAAGAAUUUGGAAUCGACGCCGGGUGGCAAUUUUUCGUAAAUAGUUUGCAUUCCACCGUCAGCGAAACCGGCAAGUCGAUCCUUCCGGAACAUUUGAUCGUCACUGCCAAUUGCCUCUCAAUGACCGGAGAAUUUGCAUCCUUGACUCCCAAAGGGCUGGCGAAUCAAAGAAACCAAACAAAUACUUUCUCCCCAUUAAGUCUGGCCUGCUUAUCGAAUCCAAGCGAUGUCAUAGCUAAAGCUGCUAAGAUGGAUCAAAUGGAUGCUCUGCAAGGAAGUUUGGAGGCUUUGUCAUGGGGCCAAACUCCCUUACUCGGAACCGGCCAUUCCUUCGAUAUCGUCUAUGGUGGAACGGGCCACGAACUGUCUAAGUCAUCAGAUAUCUACAGUUUGUUACGUUCCCAUGUUGAAUCUCCUGACACUAAUGUUGCCGCCAAGAAGGCGACGAUGCCCUUCAUCUCAAACAAUGGUCCGUCUCAGAAUAUCUCGCUGGUUGGGAUACGGAAGAUCUCGGACAAGCUAAAGCGAAUGCUGAAAAAGUUUCCGAAGAACCAUUUCUUGAAAGGAGAUGACAAGACGACGGCAGAAAUGGCUCUGCGAUUCCACCCCAAUUCGAAGGAGAAAAUCGGGACUGGCAUUAAGGAUAUAAAGAUUGGGAGUCAUCCUAAACACAAAGAGAAGUGCUUUUUUGUGGUGAGAAGUGAUGGAACCCAAGAGGACUUCUCUUACAACAAAUGCAUUAAUCAUGCGCUCCAAACGAUCGACAAAGACAAGGAGAAGGGGAGGAAAGAAAAGGAUGUCCCUGUCCCUGUCCCUGAAGUCGGACAUGGUUAGUUUGCGCUUCUCUCGACUCAACUCAAUAAGGUGUCGCGCUGUGCUGCGCCGCCAAAAUGUUUCUUUGUUUUGGGACGGAUCAAAAUUUUUAUUUAAACAGCUAAUCUGAACAACGAUGUGUGUAAUGUAAUGGUAAUGUAAUGUAAGUUGGAUAGCCCAAGCUUCUUUUUGCUGCUUCCACUAAAGUUUCUUUGCCGGACGGCGGCUGGGGAAAUUUAGUGGAAGUAGCAACGGGAAAGCUUUCAUCUUCAAGGGCGAGGUGGGCUAUCCAUUUUUCAUCUUUCAUAUUUAAUACUAACUGUUAGUGUUUGUUUGUUUGAUUUUAA